AUGGCUCCCGACAACAGCCUGAAGGGUAGACUUGCGCUCAUCACUGGAGCAUCUGGAGGUAUCGGCGCCGCAUGUGCGCGCAAACUCGUGCUCCACGACGUCGAUCUCGCCCUCACCUACUCGUCGAACCAGCUGGCGAUCGAAGAACUGGUGGCUCAGCUGCGGAAGGAUCAUGACUGCGAACGGCCUGAUGCUGGGCAUCUGCGCAUAUCUACCCAUAAGGUCGAUUUGUCCUCCGCGGAAGAGACCAUUCAACUGUGUGAGGAGGUGAGGAAGGCGCAUGGCCGGCCGGUGGAUAUACUAGUGUCUAAUGCAGGAUACGGCAAGCGGAUACAGAAUGUCUGGGAUAUUUCUUUGGAGGAGUUUGACAAAACUAUCAAUAUCAACCUUAGGUCAUCGUUUCUACUCGUCAAAGGCGUCGUAGAGGGCAUGAAGAAGCAAAAAUGGGGCCGCAUAAUAUUCAUGUCCUCCAUUGCGGCCUACGGCACUGGGCUGAACGGAUGCCAUUACGCAGCAUCCAAAGGAGGUCUGACGGGCAUGAUGAAGAACCUAUCCACUCGUCUGGCCGAGUUCGGGAUCACUGUCAACGAUGUCGCACCCGCGAUGAUAGGUGCUACAGGCAUGAUUCCUGAUGGAAACAUAGUCCCAGGUUUGGUGGACAGCAUCCCACUCGGCCGCCUGGGUAUACCGGAGGAAGUGGCGAACGUUGUCUUCAUGUAUUGUACUACUGGGUAUGCGACGGGCCAAAGCUUCCUGCUCGCUGGAGGGUUAAAUCACAAAUGA